CUCACCCGGCCUGUGUCUGAGUCUGUCUCUCUCACUCUGUUGUAUCCGCUCACAUGGCCGCCGCGCUGCUGCAGCUGGAAGAUGGCACCCGGCUCACGGGCAGGAUGUUUGGGGCCACACGGCCCGUGUCCGGGGAAGUGGUGUUCCAGACCGGGAUGGUUGGGUACCCCGAGGCACUUACAGACCCGUCCUACAAGUCCCAGAUUUUGGUCCUCACCUAUCCUCUGAUUGGCAAUUAUGGGAUCCCACUGGAUGAACAGGAUGAGUUUGGACUGAGUCGGUGGUUUGAAUCUCACCGUAUUCACGUGUCUGCCCUGAUUGUUGGGGAGCACUCAGAAAACCCCAGUCACUGGAGCUGUGCCCUUUCCUUGGACAAAUGGCUGAAAGAUCAGGGAAUCCCUGGGCUGGAAGGCGUCGACACACGCGCCCUCACCAAGCGUAUACGGGAGAAGGGGACAAUGCUGGGGAAGCUGAUCCCGGAGGGCACAGAUGAGAGCCAGGUUCCAUAUGAAGAUCCAGGGAAGAGGAAUCUGGUGCGAGAGGUGUCAUUAAAGGAGCCACGUGUGUACAAUCCUGGGGGCUCCCUGAAGAUUGCGGCUCUGGACUGUGGUUUGAAGUAUAAUCAGAUCCGCUGCCUGUGUCAGAGAGGAGCAGAGGUUACCGUGCUUCCAUGGAACCAUUCAGUAAACAGCACUGAGUUUGAUGGACUUUUCCUUAGUAACGGUCCAGGAGACCCAUUGUUCUGCAAGGAGUCAGUGGAAAACAUCAGGCAGUUCAUGAGGGCGGAGAACACAAAGCCUGUGUUUGGGAUAUGUUUGGGCCACCAGAUCUUGUCCCUUGUCAUCGGGGCGAAGACUUUCAAGAUGAAAUAUGGAAACAGAGGUCACAACCAGCCUUGUAUUCAUGAGGGCUCCCAGCGCUGCUUCAUCACCUCACAGAACCAUGGAUAUGCAGUGGAUCCCUAUACAUUGCCAGACGGCUGGUCACCUCUGUUCACCAAUGCUAACGACAAGUCCAACGAGGGUAUAGUUCAUGACUCUAAGCCCUUCUUCAGUGUCCAGUUCCAUCCAGAGCACUGUGCUGGCCCAAUGGACUUAGUUUGCUUGUUUGAUGUUUUCCUGGACACUGUUCGGGAAGUGAAGGCUGGUGUACUGGGGGGGUCAACUGUGAAGCAGCGUUUGACUGAUGUGCUGACUUACAAAGACUCUCCUAAUGUCACUGAUAUGGAGUCCUCUCGGCCGAACAAGGUGCUCAUCCUGGGCUCUGGGGGUCUCUCUAUCGGCCAAGCAGGGGAAUUUGAUUACUCCGGUUCUCAGGCCAUUAAAGCUCUUAAAGAAGAAAACAUCCAAACUGUGCUGAUAAACCCAAAUAUUGCCACAGUGCAGACAUCCAAAGGGCUGGCAGAUAAGGUGUAUUUCCUCCCCAUAACGGCCGAUUAUGUCACACAGGUGAUAAAGAACGAGCGCCCCGAUGGUGUUCUGCUCACAUUUGGAGGUCAGACAGCUUUGAAUUGUGGUGUAGAGCUAACCAAGCGCGGCGUGCUGGAGAAAUACAACGUACGUGUCUUAGGAACACCUGUGAGCUCCAUCGAAAUGACAGAGGACCGUAAAGUGUUUGUGGAAAAGAUGGAGGAGAUUGAAGAACACGUGGCACCUAGUGAGGCAGCUUUCUCUCUUGAGCAGGCUCUGGCUGCUGCAGAUCGCAUUGGAUAUCCUGUACUUGUACGAUCAGCCUAUGCUUUGGGUGGCCUUGGAUCUGGAUUUGCCAAUACCAGAGAGGAGUUAACUGCUUUGGUUUGCCAAGCUUUUGCCCACACUACCCAAGUCCUGGUGGAUAAAUCCCUGAAAGGCUGGAAGGAGAUAGAAUACGAGGUGGUUAGGGAUGCCUACAACAACUGCAUCACAGUGUGUAACAUGGAAAAUGUGGACCCGCUUGGUAUUCAUACUGGAGAGUCCAUUGUGGUAGCUCCGAGCCAGACGUUAAAUGACAGGGAGUACAACAUGCUGCGUAAUACUGCCAUCAAGGUGAUCCAGCACCUGGGAGUGGUGGGGGAGUGCAACAUCCAGUAUGCUCUAAAUCCAGAGUCUGAGCAGUAUUACAUCAUUGAGGUGAACGCACGUCUCUCUCGCAGUUCAGCGCUGGCAAGUAAGGCGACUGGAUACCCUCUGGCAUACGUGGCAGCCAAGUUGGCACUGGGUGUUCCUUUGCCUGUUCUCAGAAAUUCUGUCACUAACUCAACCACAGCUAACUUUGAGCCCAGCCUGGAUUACUGUGUGGUAAAAGUGCCACGAUGGGACCUCAGCAAGUUCCUUCGGGUCAGCACCAAAAUUGGGAGUUCUAUGAAGAGCGUGGGAGAGGUGAUGUCGGUUGGAAGAAAUUUUGAGGAAGCCUUCCAGAAAGCCCUUCGUAUGGUGGAUGAGAACUGUGUGGGGUUCGAUCAUAAUGUGAAGCCAGCCUCAGAUGAGGAACUGGCAACACCAACAGAUAAGCGAAUCUUUGUGCUAGCGGCAGCCAUGCGUGCUGGUUACUCUAUUGAGCGACUCUAUGAACUGACUAAGAUUGACCGCUGGUUUCUGCAUAAGAUGAAGAACAUUACUGACCACUUAUCCACACUGGAGUCCUACCAUCAAGAUGAGACCACUAUGCCCCGUGAAGUUCUGCUUCAGGCCAAGCAGCUGGGCUUCUCCGACAAGCAAAUUGCACAGGCAGUACAGAGCACUGAGCUGGCAGUCAGGAAAAUGCGUCAAGACUGGAAGAUCUUGCCGGUGGUAAAACAGAUAGAUACUGUAGCUGCUGAGUGGCCAGCUCAGACCAAUUACCUGUAUCUGACAUAUAAUGGCACUGAGCAUGACCUGGACUUCCAGGAGUCGCAUGUUAUGGUAAUAGGCUCAGGCGUGUAUCGAAUUGGAAGCAGUGUGGAGUUUGAUUGGUGUGCAGUGGGCUGCAUCCAGGAGCUACGUAAGAUGGGUUUUAAGACAAUCAUGGUGAAUUACAACCCGGAGACAGUCAGUACAGAUUAUGACAUGUGUGACCGCCUCUACUUUGAUGAAAUCUCCUUUGAGGUGGUGAUGGAUAUCUAUGAGCUGGAAAAUCCUGAGGGGAUCAUCCUGUCCAUGGGCGGCCAGUUGCCCAAUAACAUUGCCAUGUCUCUGCACCGCCAGCAGUGCCGUGUUCUAGGAACUUCUCCUGAAGCCAUUGACUCAGCUGAGAACCGGUUCAAGUUCUCACGACUGCUGGACACCAUCGGUAUCAGCCAACCACAAUGGAAGGAGCUGUCUGACUUGCAGUCUGCCAUACAGUUCUGUAAUACAGUUGGGUACCCCUGCGUUGUGCGCCCAUCCUAUGUGCUGAGCGGUGCUGCAAUGAAUGUGGCGUAUUCAGAUGGAGACCUGGAUACGUUUCUCUGUAAUGCAGUGGCAGUUUCUAAAGAAUAUCCUGUUGUUAUCUCUAAAUUUAUCCAGGAGGCAAAGGAGAUAGACGUGGACGCUGUGGCCUGUGAUGGUGUUGUGGUUGCGAUUGCUAUUUCUGAACAUGUGGAAAAUGCAGGGGUACACUCAGGGGAUGCUACGUUAGUGACACCUCCACAGGAUAUUACCCAGAAGACUCUUGAGCGGAUCAAAGCUAUUGUGCACUCUGUGGGACAAGAACUACAGGUCACAGGACCGUUCAACCUGCAGCUCAUCGCCAAGGAUGACCAACUCAAGGUGAUUGAAUGCAAUGUGCGAGUUUCACGCUCAUUCCCCUUUGUCUCCAAGACGUUGGGAGAAGAUCUGGUAGCGCUGGCUACACAAGUCAUCAUGGGAGAAGAGGUAGAGCCUGUUGGGGUUAUGACAGGGACAGGAAUUGUAGGAGUCAAGGUGCCUCAGUUCUCGUUCUCGCGUCUUGCCGGAGCUGAUGUGGUACUGGGUGUGGAGAUGACCAGCACAGGAGAAGUUGCCUGCUUUGGUGAGAACAGAUAUGAGGCCUAUCUGAAGGCCAUGCUUAGUACUGGCUUUAAGAUCCCUCAGAAUAACAUCUUGUUGACCAUCGGGAGUUACAAGAACAAGAGUGAGCUGCUCCCUACGGUGCGCACUCUGGAGAGCUUGGGGUACAGUCUAUAUGCCAGCUUGGGCACUGCUGAUUUCUACACAGAGCACGGCAUUAAGGUGAAAGCAAUGGACUGGCCCUUUGAAGAGGUUGAAAAUGAUGGACCCCUAAAGGAGAAGCAGGGCAGUAUCAUGGAUCAUCUUUCUGAAAAUCACUUUGACCUAGUCAUCAACCUGUCCAUGCGUAAUUCUGGAGGGCGUCGUCUCUCCUCAUUUGUCACCCGUGGGUACCGCACCAGACGUCUUGCUGUAGAUUACUCGGUGCCACUUAUCAUCGACAUAAAGUGCACAAAGUUGUUUGUGGAGGCUCUACGUCAGAUUAAAGCUGCCCCACCUGUAAAGACUCACGUGGACUGUAUGACCUCGCAGAAACUCAUCAGACUGCCGGGUUUGAUUGAUGUCCACGUUCACCUGCGUGAACCAGGAGCCACUCACAAAGAGGACUUCUCCUCGGGCACAGCAGCGGCUCUUGCUGGAGGCAUCACCAUGGUUUGCGCCAUGCCGAAUACAGAUCCAGCCAUCACUGACGCAAACUCAUUUGCACUGGUGCAGAAGUUGGCUGAUGCUGGUGCACGCUGUGACUUUGCACUCUUCCUCGGAGCUUCAUCUGAAAAUGCAAGCACUGUGUCCUCCAUUGCCGGUUCUGCAGCCGGCCUUAAGAUGUAUCUGAAUGACACCUACUCGCAGCUGAAGAUGGACAACGUGUCACUAUGGAUGGAGCAUUUUGAGAAGUGGCCCGCUCACUUGCCCAUUGUGGCUCAUGCUGAGAAACAGACAGUAGCCGCUAUCCUUAUGGUUGCCCAGCUGUACCAGCGCCCUGUGCACAUCUGUCACGUGGCUAAGAAGGAGGAGAUCCUUAUAAUAAAAGCUGCAAAACAGAAAGGAAUCCAAGUGACUUGUGAAGUGGCUCCUCAUCAUCUCUUCCUAUGUCUUGAUGAUUUGGAGCGGCUGGGAAAUUCCAAGGCACAAGUGCGCCCGAUGCUGGGGACAAGGGAGGACCUUGAGGCUUUGUGGAACAACAUGGAAAUAAUAGACUGCUUUGCCACUGAUCAUGCUCCUCACACUGUGGAAGAAAAAGAAGGUUCCCAACCUCCACCAGGUUACCCUGGGCUGGAGACUAUGCUCCCCUUGCUUCUUACCGCGGUUAGCGAGGGGCGACUGACAAUUGAUGACAUCAUCAAGCGCUUAUAUGAAAACCCACGCAGGAUAUUCUCACUGCCAGUGCAGGAGAACACGUACAUAGAGGUGGACUUGGAGCAGGAGUGGACAAUCCCCCACCACAUGCAGUUUACAAAAUCCAAAUGGACUCCAUUUGAAGGCAUGAAAGUGAAAGGAGCAGUGCGGAGGGUGGUUCUCCGUGGGGAGGUGGCGUACAUUGAUAGGCAGGUUCUGGUCCCAGCUGGUUACGGACAGGAUGUGAGGAAGUGGGCACCUCCCACAUUGCCACAGACACAACCGGCCCCCAGCAAAGAGAUCCUCAAGACUCCUGAGCGACGUCAUGUAACUGUACAGAGUGAGACAAUACGCAGUCGUGCCCCUAGUCCUCGCCGGGCCGCUCCCCCAGUGGAUGCUCGUUUUCACCUGCCUCCCAGAAUCCACAGAGCUUCAGACCCGGGUCUUCCAGCUCCGAGGAGGCUGCUUGUGACGCUGCACGGUGUCCGGGAAAAAGCUGCCAGGAUGGCCGAGGAGCAGAAAGAGAAGCCGGCCAAGAAGUCAGCGGAGACAGAUCUAAAUGCCAUUCAAGACAGUUAUACAUUCCCCCCUCCGUUGCCCAGAAUCACAUCUCCUCAAAAUAUGUCCACCCAGAGCGUUCAGCACAUUCAGACUUCCCCCUUGCUACACCCACUCAUCGGGCAACAUAUACUGUCUGUCAAGCAGUUCACCAAGGAGCAGAUGUCCCACCUAUUUAAUGUUGCUCAUACUUUACGCAUGCUGGUGCAGAAGGAAAGAAGUCUAGAUAUGCUCAAGGGUAAGGUAAUGGCAUCCAUGUUUUUUGAAGCCAGCACAAGGACCAGCAGUUCGUUCUCAGCUGCCAUGCAGCGCCUUGGGGGCUCUGUGCUCAACUUCUCCGAGUCCACAUCCUCUUCUCAGAAGGGAGAGUCCAUUGCAGAUUCUGUGCAAACCAUGAGCUGCUACACAGAUGUGCUUGUGGUGCGACACCCAGAGCCGGGAGCAGUGGAGCUUGCGGCUAAGCAUUGUCGGAAACCUGUGAUUAAUGCAGGAGAUGGUGUGGGGGAGCACCCUACGCAGGCCCUCCUGGACAUCUUUACAAUCCGCGAGGAACUGGGGACAGUCAAUGGAAUGACGAUAACCAUGGUUGGAGACCUGAAGCACGGGCGUACUGUUCAUUCUCUUGCCUUCCUCCUGACGCAAUACCGUGUAAACCUACGAUACGUCACUCCCCGCAACCUACGCAUGCCAUCCAAUAUCAUACACUUUGUAGCAUCGAAGGGAAUCAAGCAGGAGGAAUUUGACAGCAUUGAGGAAGCUCUGCCUGACACUGAUGUGCUGUAUGUGACCCGUAUACAGAAGGAGCGGUUUGAGUCCAAGGAGGAGUAUGACGCUUGCUUCGGUCAGUUCAUCCUCACGCCACACAUCAUGACCAGAGCCAAGAAGAAAAUGGUGGUGAUGCAUCCAAUGCCCCGCAUUAAUGAGAUCAGUCUUGAAGUGGACUCGGACCCGCGUGCAGCAUACUUCCGACAGGCUGAGAAUGGAAUGUAUGUCCGCAUGGCUUUGCUGGCCACUGUCCUGGGCAAAUACUGAGUGUGACAUCUUCAACCAAACUGACUACUCUCCCCUUCCUGUAUCAGAACACCUCCCUCUCACCCGCUGGAAGGGACAUGAGCAGCUACUUGAGAGGGACCAAAUAAUUCAGACCUUAGAAAAACUCUGUUUAUGAACUGUGCUCAGUGCGCUGAAUGCUUUGUUGUAAUCGAGGAGAUUCUGGAGCCCCAAGGCUAUGCUGUGCAUAGAGAGAGGGUGGAACAAACAUGCGCACAGCACCAAAUACGGUUACCACAUGGAUUUUCAAAAUAUAACACACAUACAAUAUUAAUUGUAGCGUAAUAAAAUGGUAUUGUAACAAUGUAAAAUCCUAGAAAUCAAUCAUUUUAUCUGAAUAACUGUCACUAUUUAUUUUUCUGAUACAGAACUGGAUUUUAUAUUCAUCGCAAUGUAAGAGGGUUAUUGUGUUUUAUGGGCAUAACAAAUGAUGUAGCUGCCAUGAUUAAGGACCCAGAAGAGCUUUAGCAAUAAUAUGACCAUCUUAAGCUUAUUUUGGCUUUUAUGCUUAAUUGCACUGGUAUGGUUCCUCUUGAAGCAAGGCCCAUGAGGAGCACUUUGUCAUUCUUUCUGCUCCUUGGUGAGAUGUUUGGGCUCCUCUGUGAAAUGAAUGGACACUGUACCCGGUUUUCUGUUUUUCCAAACAGAUUUCAGAUGUUUCUGCUGCUUUAGAUUAGUUGCUCAUAGCAAAAGAUGAGAGGGGGGGGGAAGGAGGGGAAAAGGUACAAACUGAUGGGGCAAUGGGGGUUUUAUACUGUGGAUUUGUAAGAGAUGCUUAAUACAUUUGUUUUUUUCUAAAUAAAAUAACAUCUGCACAAUCA